AUGUCGUCAGCAACAGCUAAUAGUAUUCAUCAUACUCAAACAAAUGGUCAUAAUACUCAACAAGAUCAAAUUCAAUUUAAUAUUGAACAAUUAACAGCUGAUUUUGAUUUAGCUGGUCAAGAUGAAUGUAAUUCAUCAGCGCGUAUGUUCGAACGUACACGUAUACAAGUUUUAGCUGAUGAACGUGGAUAUGUACAAAAGAAAACAUUUACAAAAUGGGUUAAUUCACAUUUAACUCGUGUUGGUUGUCGUAUUACUGAUUUAUAUACUGAUUUAGGUGAUGGACGAAAUUUAAUUCGUCUUUUAGAAAUUUUAAGUGGAGAACGUUUACCAAAAGCAACUCGAGGAAAAAUGCGUAUACAUUGUUUAGAAAAUGUUGAUAAAGCUAUUAUGUUUUUACAAGAACAACAUGUUCAUUUAGAAAAUAUUGGUGCUCAUGAUAUUGUUGAUGGAAAUUCUUCUUUAAUUCUUGGUCUUAUAUGGACAAUAAUACUUCGUUUUCAAAUUCAAGAUAUAACAAUUGAAGAAUAUGAAUCAACAGAAACAAAAUCAGCUAAAGAUGCUUUAUUACUUUGGUGUCAAAUGAAAACAGCCGAUUAUUCAAAUGUAAAUGUACGAAAUUUUACAACAUCAUGGAAAGAUGGUUUAGCAUUUUGUGCCUUAAUACACAAACAUCGUCCUGAUCUUAUACCACAAUUUAAAACAUUAACAAAAGAUAAUGCAAAUCAUAAUUUACAAUUAGCAUUUGAUAUAUGUGAAAAACGUUUAGGUAUAAGUCGUUUACUUGAUCCUGAAGAUGUUAAUGUUGAAUAUGUUGAUGAAAAAUCUAUCAUAACAUAUAUUGUUACAUUAUAUCAUUAUUUUUCCAAAAUGAAAAAUGAUAGUGUACAAGGUAGACGUUUAGCUAAAGUUAUUGGUUCAGCACUUGAUUCAGAAAAAAUGGCUAAUGAAUAUGAACGUUUAGUAUCGGAUUUAUUAAUAUGGAUUGAACAAACCAUACGUACAUUAAAUGAUCGACAAUUUCCAAAUUCACUUAUACGUGUACAUGAAAAACUUGUUGAAUUUAAUCGUUAUCGUGUUAUGGAUAAACCUGCACGAUUUGCUGAAAAAGGAAAUUUAGAAGUAUUAUUAUUUACAUUACAAAGUAAAGAACGUGCUAAUCAACAAAUACCAUAUCAACCACGUGAAGGAAAAAUGAUAUCAGAUAUAAAUCGUGCAUGGGAAAAUCUUGAACGUGCUGAACAUGAACGAGAAUUAGCUUUACGUGAAGAAAUUCUUCGACAAGAACGUUUAGAACAAUUAGCAACUAAAUUUAAUCGUAAAGCUGGUUUAAGAGAAAAAUGGUUAACUGAUAGUGAAAAACUUGUUGCAAGUGAUCAAUUUGGUACAGAUUUAGCUUCGGUUGAAGCAGCAUUUAAAAAACAAGAAGCUAUUCAAACUGAUAUAGCUGCAUUUGAAGAACGUCUUCAAAAUAUAAUGGCUAUUGCAAAUGAACUUAGAACAGAAGAUUAUCAUGAUUAUGCAACAAUAGAAGCAAGAAAAAAAAAUGUUGAAAUGCAUUGGGAAUAUUUAAUCAGUUUAGUUACUAAACGCCGACAAUGUCUUGAACUUGCUUAUAAUUUACAACGUGUUUUUCAAGAAAUGCAAUAUGUAUUUGAAUGGAUAAGUGAUUUAAAAUGGCGAUUAAAAUCAGAUGAUAUUGAAAAAUAUAUUAUGUCAGCUGAUGAUCUUCUUCAACGACAUUCAUUAGUUGAAGCUGAUAUAUAUAUUAUUGAUGAACGUUUAAAACGUGCUAUAAGUGAUGCUGAUGAAUAUCUUAAUCCUGAUGCUAAUAUUGAUGGUUAUCGUCCAGCAACACCAGAAGAAAUUGAAAUACGUAUACAUAAUUUACAAAAAUCUUAUGAAGAAUUAAUUGAAUUAGCACGUAAACGUCGAGAUUUACUUGAACAAGCUAAAGGUUUAUCAAAAUUUUAUUCUGAUGUUGGUGAUGCUGAAUUAUGGAUUGAUGAAAAACAACAAACUAUGACAUCACCUGAUAUGGGUCAUGAUGUCAAUACAACGGAUAGUUUACUUGGAAAACAUAAAUUAGUUGAAAAUGAUAUGAAUGCAAGAUAUGGUCAACUUGAAGCUUUAACAAAUCAAGGUGAAUCAAUGGUAAAACAAGGACAUUUUGCAUCAAGAAAAAUUAAUGAACGUUUAGAUAUGCUUAAAUUAAAAUGGGAUAAUUUAAUACAAAUAUCAUCAAAUCGUGCUGACAAUUUAAAACAAACACAUAAUUAUUAUCAAUUUUUUUCUGAUGCUGAUGAUAUUGAUACAUGGAUGCUUGAUAUGUUAAAACUUGUAUCAAGUGAAGAUAUUGGUCGUGAUGAAUUAUCAGCUCAAGCAUUAUUAAAAAAACAUAAAGAUACACAAGAUAUAUUAGAUAAUUAUCGUCAAACAAUUGAUAAUUUAAAAACAUCUAAUCUACAAACAUUAACUAUUGAAAAACAAAAUUCACCUGAUGUUCAACAACGUCUUCAAUCAAUUGAACGUCGUUAUACAGAAUUACUUGAAUUAUCUAAAUUACGUAAACAAAAAUUACAUGAUGCUAUAUCAUUAUUUCGUUUAUUAGCUGAUGCUGAUAAUGUUGAAGCAUGGAUUGAAGAAAAAGAAAGAUUUUUAGCAACAUUAGAUCCAACACAAGUUAAUGAUAUUGAAGAAUUAGAAGUAAUUAAACAUCGUUUUGAUGGUUUUGAACGUGAUAUGAAUUCAACAGCAUCAAAAGUUGCUAUUGUUGGUCAUCAAGCACGUACAUUAGUACAAAAUGAUCAUCCUAAUUCACAAGAAAUAUUAGAUCGUAUUAAUAAAUUAAAUCAUAAUUGGGCACAAUUAAGACGUUUAGUUGAUAAAAAACGUGAUGAUUUAAGUUCAACAUUUGGUGUACAAACAUUUCAUAUUGAAUGUAAUGAAACAAUAUCAUGGAUACAAGAUAAAAUUCGUAUUGUACAAUCGACAGAAGAUUUAGGUCGUGAUCUAGGUGGUGUAAUGACAAUGCAACGUCGUUUAAGUGGUUUAGAACGUGAUAUGGCUGCAAUACAAUCUAAACUUGAUCAAUUAGAAACUGAAGCAUCAACAUUAGAAAAAGACCAUCCUGAUGAAGCACAUGAUAUUCGUACAAAAGUUGGACAAAUUAAUUCUGUUUGGUAUGAAUUAAAAGAAAUAUUACGUCGUCGAGAAGAAUCAAUGGGUGAAGCAGCUGAAUUACAAAAAUUUCUUCGUGAUCUCGAUCAUUUUUCAGCAUGGUUAACACGUACACAAACAUCUGUUGCUAGUGAAGAUAUACCAAAUACAUUAAAUGAAGCUGAACAAUUAUUAAAUCAACAUCAAACAAUAAAAGAAGAAAUUGAUCGCUAUGGUCCUGAUUAUGCACAAAUGAAAGAAUAUGGUCAUCGUGUUAUACGCGAUGCUGAUACAACCGAUCCACAAUAUAUAUUUUUACGUGAACGUUUAAAUGCACUUGAUGAUGGUUGGAAUGAACUUGAUCAAAUGUGGCAUCAAAAAAAGAAUAUGUUAACUGAAGCUAUGCAAUAUCAAAUGUUUGUUAGAGAUUCAAAUCAAGCUGAAAUAUUAUUAAAUCAUCAAGAAGCUUAUUUAGCUAGAGAAAAAGAACAAAAACCAAAAUCUUUUGAUGAUGUUGAAUAUUUACUUAAAAAACAUGAAGAUUUUGUUACAACAAUGACAGCUAAUGAAGAUAAAAUUCAAGGAGUUUGUUCAUUUGCUCAACGUUUAUGUCAAGAAAAUCAUUAUUUAGGUCGUGAUCUUGGUGGUGUUAUGACAAUGCAACGUCGUUUAAGUGGUUUAGAACGUGAUAUGGCUGCUAUACAAUCUAAACUUGAUCAACUUGAAUUAGAAGCAUCAAAACUUGAAAAAGAUCAUCCUGAUGAAGCAAAAGAUAUUCAUAAUAAAGUUAAUCAAAUAAAUUCAGUUUGGUAUGAAUUAAAAGAAAUUUUACGUCGUCGUGAAGAAUCAAUGGGUGAAGCAGCUGAAUUACAAAAGUUUCUUCGUGAUCUUGAUCAUUUUUCAGCAUGGUUAACACGUACACAAACAUUAGUUGCUAGUGAAGAUAUACCAAAUACAUUAAGUGAAGCUGAACAAUUAUUAAAUCAACAUCAAACAAUAAAAGAAGAAAUUGAUCGUUAUGGUCCUGAUUAUGCUCAAAUGAAAGAAUAUGGUCAUUGUGUUAUACGUGAUGCUGAUACAACAGAUCCACAAUAUAUAUUUUUACGUGAACGUUUAAAUGCACUUGAUGAUGGUUGGAAUGAACUUGAUCAAAUGUGGCAUCAGAAAAAGAAUAUGUUAACUGAAGCUAUGCAAUAUCAAAUGUUUGUUAGAGAUUCAAAUCAAGCUGAAAUUUUAUUAAAUCAUCAAGAAGCUUAUUUAGCACGUGAACGUGAACAACAACCGAAAUCAUUUGAUGAUGUUGAAAUUUUAAUUAAAAAACAUGAAGAUUUUUUUACAACAAUGUCAGCUAAUGAAGAUAAAAUACAAGGUGUUUGUUCAUUUGCUCAACGUUUAUGUCAAGAAAAUCAUUAUUUAGGUGAUCGUAUUCUAUCACGUGCUUCAAUUAUAAAUGAUCGUUAUGGUGCUAAUCGUCAAUUAGCACUUGAAAUGAAUAAUAAACUUCAAGAAUCACUUAAAUAUUUUCAAUUUAUUCAAGAUUGUGAUGAUCUUAAAGAAUGGCUUGAUAUGAAAACAUUACAAGCAGAAGAUGAUACAUAUCGUGAUACAGCCAAUAUUCAUACAAAAUAUCUUCGUCAUCAAGCAUUUCAAGCUGAAAUUAAUUCAAAUAAAGAACGUUUACUUUCAUUAAAACAAAAUGCUGAACAAUUAAAAUCUGAAAAUUAUCAACAAAUUGAUGCAAAUUUAAUUGAUCAACGUAUUGACGAAUUAGAUGAUUCAUGGAUUAAAUUAGAAGAAAUAACACGUGAAAAAGGUGAACGUUUAUUUGAUGCUAAUCGUUCAAAAUUAUUUCAACAAUCAAUAACUAAUCUUGAUGAAUUUAUGUUUAAUAUUGAAAAACAUUUAUAUGCUGGUGAACCAACAUCAACAGAUUUAACUGAUGGACAAAUUUCAACAACAACACCAACAACACUUGAACCAUUAGAAAAUAAUUUAACAGCAACAAAUCUUUUAUUGCUUAAACAAACAACUAUUGAAGAAGAAUUAUUAAAACGUCAGGAACAAGUUGAUGAAUUACGUAUACAAGCUGAAAAAUUAAAACAAUUAGAACCAGAAAAAUCUGAAGAAAUUGAUACUAAACGUUUACAAGUUGAAGAAAAAUUUUCAAAACUUUUAUUACCAUUAGAACAAAAAAAAUUACGUUUAGAACAACAAAAACAUUUACAUCAAUAUAUACGUGAUAUUGAAGAUGAACAAAUAUGGUUAAGUGAAAAACGUCAUUUAUUACAAACAUAUUCUGAUUUAAUAUUUAAUAAUAAACAACAAACAUUAAUGAAUAUUAAAUUAUUAAAACGUAAAAAUGAAUCAUUAUUAAAAGAAAUUGAAAAUCAUGAACAACGUUUAUUAGAACAUUUAAAUAAUGAAUGUAUACGUGUUAGUCAUGAUUAUCCAUCACGUGCAAAUGAAUUUCAAGAAAGUCUAGAACAAUUAACAUUUAAUUAUAGUGAUUUAAAAGAAACAAUAAAACAACGACGACAACAAAUUGAAUUAUUAGAAAAUCUUUAUCAAUAUUAUUAUGAUUUAAGUGACGCUGAAGCAUGGUUAGGUGAACAAGAAUUAUAUAUGAUGAGUGAAGAACGUGGUAAAGAUGAAUUAGCAACACAAACAUUUAUACGUAAACAACAAACAAUUGAUCAAACAAUUGAAAAUUAUAGGAAUAUACUUCAUGAAUUAACUGAACGUGCGAGAAAUUUAUUAGAUAAUUUAAAUCAAUCGAAUUUAUCUGAUGAUUUUGUUCGUGAACAUAAUGAUUUAAUUAAUAAACGACAAAUACAAUUAGAUAAAUUAUAUGGUAGCUUAAAAGAUUUAUCUAUUGAACGACGACAACAAUUAGAUGAAACAUUAAAACUUUAUCGUUUACGUAAAGAAAUUGAUGAUCUGGAACAAUGGAUAUCUGAUAGAGAAUUAAUAGCUGGUUCACAUGAACUUGGACAAGAUUUUGAACAUGUAUCUAUGUUACUUGAUCGUUUUGUAGCAUUUGAACAAGAAACACAACAAAUAGGUAAUGAACGUUUACAAUAUGCAAAUAAUAUGAUUGAUCAUUUAAUAUCAAAUGGUCAUAUUGAUUCAGCACAAAUAGCUGAAUUAAAAGAUUCAUUAAAUGAAUCAUAUCAAGAUUUAUUAGAAUUAAUUGAAACACGUUUACAAUCAUUAAAAGCAUCAUGGGAAUUACAAAAAUUUUUACAUGAUUGUAAAGAAAUUUUAUUAACUAUGCAAGAACGUAAAAAUUCUAUACCAGAUGAAAUUGGUCGUGAUCAACAAAGUGUUCAACAAUUAUUACGUAAACAUCAACAAUUUGAAACAGAAUUAGUUUUAUUAGCACAAGAUAUACAACGUAUACAACAAGAAGCAAAACGUUUAAAUGGACGUUAUGCUGGUGAAAAAGAAACUGAAAUAAAACAAAAAGAAUUUGAUGUUUUAACACAAUGGAAAUUAUUACAACAAUUUGUUGAUCAACGAAAACGUUUAUUAAAUGAUUAUGAAGAUUUACAUAAAUUUUUUGGUUUAGCUAGAGAUUUACAUUUAUGGAUGGAUGGUAUGAUUAGACAAAUGAAUAAUAGUGAUAAACCACAUGAUGUUAGUGGAGUUGAUUUAUUAAUGAAUAAUCAUCAAAGUUUAAAAGCAGAAAUUGAUGCUAGACAAGAAAAUUUUAUUAUGUGUAUUAAUUUAGAUUUAAUUAAUCGUCGACAUGUACGUUCAUCUGAAGUAAAAGAAAAAUGUAUACAAUUAUCUAUGUUACGUGAUCAUGUUGGUGAUACAUGGAAUGAACGUUGGGAAUAUUUACAACUUAUAUUAGAAGUUUAUCAAUUUGCACGUGAUGCAGCUAUUGCUGAAACAUGGUUAAUUGCUCAAGAAUCAUAUUUAGCUAAUGAAGAACUUGGUGAAACAUUAGAUCAAGUUGAAAAUUUAAUAAAACGUCAUGAACAAUUUGAAAAGUCUUUAUUAGCACAAGAAGAUCGUUUUAAUGCAUUACGUAAUUUAACAACAUUAGAAAAGAAACGACAAUUACCACCAGUUGAACCUCGUCAAAGUCGUUUACCAGUUUAUUUAGAAGAAUUUAAAACAUGGGAAGAACGUGAUGCUGAACGUCCAUCAACAUCAACUGAUAAAACAAAAUAUCAAUCAACAAUAAUUGAAGAACAAACUACAACAGAUGGUAUUCAUUCAACAACAUUAUCAGGCAAACAACAGUCUAGUCAAGAUUUAGAUACAACAAAUAAUAAACAACGACGAUCAGAAUCAACAACACGUUUACCAACAGUAAAAGAAGGUUUCUUAUCACGUAAACAUGAAUGGGAAGGAUAUGAACGUAAAGCAACACAUCGUGCAUGGGAAAAAUAUUAUACAGCAUUAAUAAAUAAUCGUUUAACAUUUUAUAAAGAUGCUAAACAUUUAAAAACAGGUCGUACAAUAGCAGAUGAUCAACAAUUAGAUUCAUCAACUAAUGUUUCACAAGCAAUUGAUUAUCGUAAAAAACCAAAUGUAUUUCGUUUGAAAUUUCAAGAUGGUAAUGAAUAUUUAUUUCAUGCUAAAGAUGAUAUUGAAAUGAAUGAAUGGAUUGUUGCAAUUAAUAAUUGUAUAUCAUCAUCAUCAUCAAUAACUACUACACCAACAACACAAACAACACAAAUACCAUCUAUUGCUUUAACAUCACCACCAACAGCAACAAUGGGACCAUCAUCAUCAACUGGUUCUCCUCAUCAUCAACAAGCGUCUACUAUGAUAUCAAGUACACCAGGUAUGCAAAUGUCUCAAACUUCAUCGACUGCCGAACACAAAUCACGAACAUUACCAUUACGUUCAAGUUCAUCAGUUGAACCACAAGUUUCAUCGAGUUCAUCUCAACAACCACCAACAGGCAAAAAGAAAUCAAGUGGAUUUUUUUCAAAACGAAAAUGA